AUGAAAGCUCUCAUGCAGUCUCAAAUUAGCUUUACUGAGCAAACCAAGCAGGCAAUUGGUGAUAUUAGGACCCAAUUGACUCAAUUGACGGCGGUAGUUGGACAAGUCCAACAAGAGAAGAGAAGGUUUCCUUCUCAACCUCAAGUCAAUGCCGCCAAUACUCAUUUUGUGGGCGAUUCUUCUGGCCCGAGUAAUUUGAACCCCAGGCUGGAAGAGGCUAAUGCGAUCAUCACUCUCAGAAGUGGGAAGGUGAUCGACAAGGACUUACCUCCUAAGAAAAAAUCGGUGCCACCCACGGUGCCGGUAGCUGCACCAGCAGUCGUCCCAGACUUGGGAAGUGUCCCUGAGGAAGAGAGAAAGACAGAGCCUCCUAAAGUGGUGGUGCCGGCACCUGCAGUCCCCAUGACUCAAACGCCACCUGUUGCUCCAUAUCCAAAUCGCUUGGUAGCGAAACCUAAGGCCAAUGUGAACUUUCAGAUUCUUGAGUUAGUCAAGAAAGCCGAUAUCCCAACCAAGUGCAAAGACCCUGGUUGUCCCACUAUCCCUAUAGUUAUCGCAGGCCAGAAAUUUGAUAAGGCAUUACUGGAUUUAGGGGCGAGUGUCAACUUGCUCCCAUAUUCGGUAUACUUAAGGCUUGGCCUAGGCGAUCUGAGAGCCAUACCGGUCACGCUACAGUUGGCUGACCGGAGUAUAAGAAUCCCGAAGGGGGUGGUGGAGGAUGUUCUAGUUCAGGUGGGCGAGUUUCUUUUUCCAGUUGACUUCAUUGUCCUAGAUACGUGCCAGAUACCGGAGGAGCAUGUCGAUAGUAUUUUGUAUAAGGAUCCUCUGGAGAUAGCUUUAACUGCUAAGGAGGCGUCAUUCUUAGAUUUUUCAGAGGUAUGGAGUUUGAUAGAGAUGCCUGCGUUAUACGAUGCGUGUGGCGCCACUUGGGACCCAGUUCUUGAGCCGCUGGGUGCCUCAUUGUCUUAA